CAGUAAACGGACUCUGAAGGCUGGACUGAGCUACGCUCCUUGGGUAGAAUCGUAUUUUAAACGGCUACAGCACGACGGGGUGGUGGAUGAUAGAGGGGGGCUGAGGAGUGAGCACACUAUAAUGAACGACGCCGAGAAAAAAGGGAGUAUGGCUGCAGACGGGAUAGGGGAACCGGGUGAGCUGCAAAUGGCCCCCUCUGUGAACCACAACCAGCAUGACAGCGGCACCGGCGACGAGCUGGUGAGCUCGGUGACGCUGUACAGGCGAAGGCCCCGGCUACUACAUGGCACCGUCCUCCCGUUUCUGGCUGUUCUAUACCCAGGCUGGCUUUACGUGUGGUUAGGAGUGUACGGUGCCUCCGACUAUCCGGAGGCAGGCCUCCUGGCGCUAGCCGCUAUCGGGAUCGCGCACGUCCUCACAGCGCUCUCUGGUUAUUGGUCCGUGCACGCGCACUGUUGGCUCACUUGUUCGAAGGAACCAGACCCAAACAAGGCUACGCUGGCAAAGGUCAUACCCACCCCGAACAAUGGUUUUGCUGAGCUUGUGGCACUACAGAGGGACCAGGAUGAGAAUGGGGAGCAAAUUCUGUCUUUUGAGUUUCAAAAGAUCCGCUACAUGUUUGACCACAAAGAGAAGAAAUGUUUCCUUCCAAUAGCAUUUCCCAUAAGACACCCAAUGGGCUACUUUCAGUCCUGGCGUGGCUACCAGGAGGAAGCUGAACUCAGAGCUGCAGAAAAGCACUACGGUACCAAUCGUGCUGAGAUGGUGGUGCCAGAUUUCCUGGAGCUCUUCAAAGAGAGGGCCACGGCUCCCUUUUUUGUUUUCCAGGUGUUCUGUGUGGGGCUAUGGUGUCUGGACGAGUACUGGUACUACAGUGUUUUUACACUGUUUAUGCUGGUGGCAUUUGAGGCCUCCCUAGUCCAGCAGCAAAUGAGGAAUAUGUCUGAGAUCCGGCGUAUGGGAAACAAGCCCUAUAUGAUCCAGGUAUAUCGCAACAGGAAGUGGAGACCUAUUUCGAGUGAUGAGCUUGUCCCUGGUGAUAUCGUCUCAAUAGGACGUUCGCCCCAGGACAACUUGGUACCAUGUGAUGUGCUGCUACUCAGGGGCCGUUGCAUUGUGGAUGAGGCCAUGCUGACUGGAGAGUCUGUGCCCCAGAUGAAGGAGCCAGUGGAGGACUUGGACCCAGAGCGAAUCCUGGACCUUCAGACAGACUCUCGACUCCACAUCAUCUCUGGAGGGACAAAAGUGGUGCAACAUAGCCCUCCUUUAAAGGCCAGUGCUGGACUCAAACCUGUAGAUAAUGGCUGUGUGGCCUAUGUAUUGAGAACAGGAUUCUACACCUCUCAGGGUAAACUGUUACGGACCAUCCUCUUUGGUGUGAAAAGAGUGACAGCAAACAACCUGGAGACUUUCAUCUUCAUCCUCUUCCUCCUUGUGUUUGCCAUUGCUGCAGCUGUUUAUGUGUGGGUAGAAGGGACCAAGGAUGCCAGCAGGAACCGCUACAAGCUGUUUCUGGAGUGCACGCUAAUCCUCACCUCGGUGGUUCCACCAGAACUCCCCAUAGAGCUUUCUCUGGCAGUUAACACGUCUCUUAUCGCCCUGGCUAAACUUUAUGUGUUCUGUACAGAACCCUUCAGGAUACCAUUUGCAGGGAAAGUGGAGGUUUGCUGUUUUGACAAAACGGGAACACUGACCAGUGACAGUUUGGUAGUAAGAGGAGUAGCAGGCCUCAGAGAAGGAAAGGAGGUGAUGCCUGUAUCUGAGAUCCCAGUUGAGACACAUCGGGUGGUGGCCACAUGCCACUCACUGGUCACUCUGGAUGAUGGUCAGCUGGUUGGAGAUCCACUGGAGAAGGCCAUGCUGACCGCUGCUGACUGGACCCUUACUAAAGAUGAGAAGGUAUUCCCUCGAGGGAUUAAAACUCAGGGACUUAAGAUCCACCAGCGUUUCCACUUUGCCAGUGCUCUGAAGAGGAUGUCGGUCCUGGCUUCCUAUGAGAAACUGGGGUCCACUGAACUCUCCUACAUCUCCACUGUCAAGGGAGCUCCAGAGACACUCAGAGGAAUGUUUGCAGAAUGUCCAGCAAGUUAUGAUGAAGUCCACAAGGAAAUGUCUCGGGAGGGAGCUAGAGUGCUGGCCUUGGGUUACAAAGAGAUGGGACAUCUCAGUCACCAGCAGGUCCGGGAGAUGAGCCGCAAUGCUCUGGAGUGUAACUUGCAUUUCGCCGGGUUCAUGGUUGUGUCCUGCCCCCUCAAGAGUGACAGCAAGGCUGUCAUCAGAGAAAUCCAGGAAGCAUCUCAUCAUGUGGUGAUGAUCACAGGCGAUAACCCUCUAACAGCAUGCCAUGUAGCAAGAGAACUCCACUUCAUCCAGAAAGACCACACACUUGUAUUGCAGCCAAGCCCCAGUCAGGGUGAAUGGCACUGGGAGUCCAUUGAUGGCAGUGUGUGUGUACCAUUGCCCCCUCCUUCCGUUUCCUCAUUCGUGCAUCAGUUUGACUUGUGUGUAACAGGGGAGGGGCUGGCCAGACUGAGCUGUGACCCCCGGCUACUCCACACACUCUUGCCUCACAUACGAGUGUUUGCCCGUGUCAGUCCAAAACAGAAGGAAUUUGUCAUCACAAGUCUAAAGGGGCUGGGUUAUGUGACACUGAUGUGUGGUGAUGGCACAAAUGAUGUUGGAGCUCUCAAACACGCCCACAUAGGUGUUGCUUUGUUAGCCAACGCCCCUGAGCGCAUGCCUGAAAAAAAGAAACGGGGGAGAGAAAAGGAGGCAUCCACAGCAGAAUCCAGACCCUUACCGCCUGUCAGUUCAGGAGGCAAACUGAGUUCCAGAGCAGCCAGGCAGAGGGUGAUGGCUCAGAGAGAAGAGCAGCUUGCAGCACAAAAGGAGAGGAUCAGUCAAGUCUUACGGGAACUUGAAGAGGAUCAGGUACAAGUUGUGAAACUGGGGGAUGCCUCCAUUGCUGCUCCUUUCACCUCCAAACUGUCCUCCAUACAGUGCAUCUGCCAUGUAAUAAAACAAGGACGUUGCACUCUGGUGACAACACUCCAAAUGUUUAAGAUCCUCGCUCUCAACGCCCUGGUGCUGGCAUACAGCCAGUCUGUACUCUACCUCGAGGGGGUUAAGUUCAGCGACUUCCAGGCGACCCUGCAGGGCCUUCUCUUGGCCGGAUGCUUCCUCUUCAUCUCUAGGUCAAAGCCACUGAAAACAUUGUCUCAAGAGCGGCCCUUACCAAACAUCUUCAAUCUUUACACGGUGUUGACUGUGCUACUGCAGUUUGCUGUCCACUUCUGUAGUCUGGUGUAUCUUUAUAGAGAGGCACAAAGCAGAAGUCCGCCCAGAGAAGAGCAGUUUGUAGAUCUAUAUAAAGAGUUUGAACCCAGUCUAAUUAACAGCACUGUGUAUAUAAUGUCCAUGGCAAUGCAGAUGGCCACCUUUGCCAUUAACUACAAGGGUCACCCCUUCAUGGAGUCUCUCAGCGAGAAUCGACCACUACUAUGGAGUAUCGCCCUGUCAGGUUUAGCGAUUGUAGGACUUCUUACUGGUUCAUCACCAGAAUUCAAUGAACAGUUUGCUCUUGUAGAUAUUCCAACCGAGUUCAAAUUGAUCAUUGCCCAGGUUUUGGUGGUGGACUUUGUUGUUGCUCUGCUGGUGGACCGUGUCCUACAGUUCCUGCUGGGCAAUGGAACUCUCAGGCUGCCUUCUUGAACUCAGUGCCAACAGUGACCGCUGCCCUUACCAACCAAACUGUAAAGGGAGAGAAGACUUUGGAGGAGGAAGAGAAUUAAAGCUGUUGUGACAUACACAAGACAGCUGAGACAGUCAUGGCGUGCAGUACUGUACACUCCGUGCAUCCCUUCCUUCGUCCUGCUCUGCCCCUCCUUAACCAUCUGUGUUCCUGUAGCUCUGUUUCAUUUCUCUUGCUUUCUUCAUAACUUGACUUUUUUUUCUACCUCUCUCUCUCUCUUUCUUCAUCUGUCCCUCCCCGCUGCCACACAAGGCCAUGAAGACAGCAGUAUUGAGUGGAGUGCGAGACUGUGUGCCAGCCAGAGUGAAACAUGCAGGCACACAAAAGGGGCAUUCUCCAAGAGAAUUGCAAAAGUGUUUUUGAUUUUUUUUGAUUCCUCUCCUUGAUUUUGUAAAAAGUGAAAAACAUCUCCAACAGACUUAUAAAGACUUACAGAUACAAACUAUGGAGUCUGUCAAGUGUUUUGUCAAGUACAAGUACUGACAUGUCUGCACAUGGAAAGGAUGAGUAUGUCCACCUGGUCUAUGAACUAUACUGUUCCCAGAAGUAGGUAAGUAAAGAAUGAGCAGGGUAUGAGAAUAUAGGUCGAACUGUACAAAGAAAGACAUUUAUCUAUUGAAACCUUUUAUCUCAUAUCACACUGGCCAAAUCAAACAUGCCAUCUCAUUAAGCAUCAGCUGAUUGAAGAAAAGACCUGAACCUUGUGAGAAAUUGGCUCCAGGCUCUCAUCAGCAACUGUUGGGACUGCUGUUAAUAAGGUUGACAUACAUUUUAGCCAAAAACAUGAUGCAUGGUAAUUUUGUCAUUGUCCAAUUUAAUAGUGAUUAAUAUCACUGGAUCCCC